AUGAAGUUCAUCCUAGUGACUGCGUCUCUGCUGCUACUGUUCGGGUGUUGUCGGGCUCUGACGGUCGACGAGUGCCUGCAAAAAGACAGUAUAACAUGUGUUCAGAAAAGUUUGUACAAGAGGGCGAAGGAGCUGUUCGAGAAGGACAGCUACGAGCUCGUCGCCGGAGUUAGUUUGGUGAAGAGCCACAGAGACGACGGAGCCCGUAGCGGUAACGGAGGAAAGGCGGCCAAGUACGAGGAGGAGAUCGAGAAGGCGAGCGGAAUCGGCGAGCGCCAGGCUGCACUGGAGAACUACAUCAGCGAGGAGAUCGGCGACUUUUUCACCGGGCGCAGCUUGAAGAUUAACUUCUUGCCUGUGAUCGAAAAAAUCGGCGAGUCCGCACGAGCCCUGAAAGAGUCGAUCCCGGCCGAGAUCAAGCAAGCAGCGAGCGACGUUGUCGAAGGUCGCGGCAAGAAGAAGCUGCUCAAGUCCCUGUGGCCGGUGCUGAUCCUGGCCAAGGUCAAGCUCGGCGUGCUCGCCUCGCUCUUCUACUUCGGCAUCACCCUCAUCGCCAAGAAGGCCAUCAUCGCCUCUCUCAUAUCGCUGGCGAUCUCGGCCUUCAUCGGCCUGCGCAACUACAUGACCAAGAGCAUCAGCCACGACGCCACGGCCUACUCGAGCGGCUGGAGCAGCGGCGCCAACGCCAUCUCGUCGGCGGGCUGGGCCGCCUCGCCCCAGUUGAGCGUCUCGAGCGGCCCCGCCAUACCUUCGUCCGGAUGGGCCGCGGCGCCUCAGGCCAUACCCGGCGGUGGCUCCGGCUGGGAGGACAUCUCCGGAGCUUACUCGGCUCAGAAUCAGGCCUAUCAAGCGUAUCGUCACUGA